AUGGUUCACAUCAAGCUCACCUCAGCAUUCAUCGCUGCUGCGCUGGCCGCUUCCUCUUUCACCGCCGGCGCCCCUCUUCCUCGCGACGGUCAACUCCCACCUGUAGAUCCCGCUAUUGGCCAGGUACAGAAAGGCAACAUCACCCCUCUACAAUUCACCGACGGUCCUUUGGUGCUCAAUGGUCGACGUGCCCCUCGCGACGGUCAACUUCCAGAUUUGGCAUGGGGCAAGCCAGACGGUGACGGCAAUGUCAAACCUUUGCCAAUGGGUCACGGUCCCGUAGUCAUCAACCGCGAACGAGAUGUGGAAGCCGACCUUACCCGUCGGAUCGUCAUCACACCAGAGAUGCAAAGACAAAUGGAGCAAGACGGCAAGUCUCUUCCAACCUCGACUCCUGGAACGAUGCACAUUCUUCGUCGCGAGGAGGAGAAAGAAGCGAUGAGCCGUCGAAUGGUCGUCACACCAGAGAUGCAGCAAUCGAUGGAGCGAGAGGGCAAAUCUUUCCCAUCUCCUCCCAUUCUCGCCAAUGGCGUGCGUCCACAAAUCCUUCGAAGAGAAUUGGAGCAGGAAGAACUUGAAGCAGUGUUCGGAAGAUCCGCUGAACGUCGUCAAGGUCCCGGGGCACGUGGCGGCUUCGGUGGACCUGGAAGAGGCGGUUUCGGAGGAGGAAGGGGUAGAGGUGGUCCUUCUUUUGCUGGUGGUCGAUACGGCGGACGAUCUUUGGCUGCCAGAGACCCUCUAGGACCUCACGGUGGUCCCGGCGGCCCGCCAGGCGGCCACGGUGGUCCUGGUGGUCCUGGUGGCCCUGGCGGUUUCGGCGGUCGCGGAGGCUUCGGUGGCCCUGGCGGACCAGGUGGCCGAGGAGGCUUCGGAGGCGGUCGUGGCGGUGGACACGGUCCCCCAUCCUUCGGAGCUCGCACCAUCGCUGACGACGUCGAAGAGGUGCUCGCUACAAGAGACCCCUUGGGCCCUCACGCUGGCCCUCAUGGCGGCCCUGGCGGUCCAGGAGGAUUUGGAGGACCUGGAGGCGCUGGUGGCCAUGGAGGCUUUGGUGGAGGCCGUGGCGAUGGACGCGGCCCUCCAUCCUUCGGAGCUCGCUCUCAAAAGGCCGAGGAUCUUCUGGCGGCUAGAGACCCGCUCGGUCCUCAUGGUGGCCAUGGCGGCCCGCCAGGCGGUCACGGCUUUGGGGGACCCGGUGGACCGGGUGGUCAUGGUGGUCCUGGAGGCCCUGGUGGUUUUGGUGGCGGUCGAGGCCCUCAAGGUUUUGGCGCUCGCUCGGACAACGACCAGGAUGUUCUGGCUGCUAGAGACCCGCUCGGUCCUCAUGGUGGUCCCGGCGGCCCGCCAGGCGGUCACGGCUUUGGUGGACCAGGCGGACCGGGUGGCUUCGGCGGGCCAGGUGGCCGCGGUGGUCACGGGCCUCAGUCCUUCGGCGCACGCUCAGAGUCUGAGGAUGACGGCGGACCAGAUGACUCUGAAGAGAAUGAAGAACUUGCAAGAAGGUACGCGACCUUUCCUGGUCAGCACGUAACCUUUGGCACCACCGUGCCAUUGUCAAAGGAGAGGCCUAUUCUUCCCCGAGAGCCCUCGCCCUUGCACGGACCAGUCGUGCACGACAAGGAGUGGUAUGAAGCUCACGGUUUCGCGGGUCAGCCAUUGCCGCUUCAGGAGAAGAACGCUAGACGCGCAAUGACGCACGAACCCCCCGACUCCAUCGCUAGCGCAGCGCAGCAAAAGGCGGGCUCGACCAAGUCAAUCAUCGGCGGUGAUAUCAGUCAGAGUGGCUAUCAGGCGAUGGGGUGCGUUCAUAAUGGAAUGUGCUGA